AUGCUGCCCGCUGAGUUUACCGAAUUCGACUCUGAUGACGCCCAAGAAGCAGACGUAAAGGAAGACACAAACGAUUUCGAGAACGAGAAAGAUGGAACAUCUGACAUCCUUGUCAAUGACGACGAUUCAGAAGAGCCAGUUAUUCUUGACAGCAUCAGGUGUGGUGCUCAUACGGCGCAAUUGGUCGCAUACGAUGUCAUUAAGCUGCACAAUAAGAGGCUGGGUCAAAUCAACAAAAUUUGUCAAAAGAUGCAUCAUAAGACUAGCAGGGAGCUUUUUGUUCUGCACAAAAUUGCUCUGCCACCGAAAGUCAAUGAAACCCGUUGGGGCGUCUGGUUUAUCGUUUUACGGUAUCUUCAGGUAUUAAGAUCAAAGCCCUUUCUUGCAACUUUGCAGAACCACGACUCGACGCUUGAUUUAAGCCAACAUUGGAAAUUUAUCGACCGCUUUUGCGAUGCUUUUGAGCCAAUUUAUGUAUUGACACUCAAACUGCAAAAAGACCACGUUCCACUGUCUGAUUUUUACGCUGACUGGCUGGUAUGCCAAGCUAAGUUGAACGCUAUUAAGAAACAGGGAAAUACACUGGCAGCCAAGUUGCAUACAUCCAUGCAAAAAAGAGUUGAGAAACUUCGCUCAAGCAUGGCUUUCAAAGCCAGCUUGUACCUUGAUCCACGUUUCAACUUUGCUGGAUCCGCCCGCUUGACUCCAGAAGAAAAGAGAGAGGCACAGGAAUAUCUCAUCGCACUAAGCAACCGACUCGAUGUACUGGAAGGUUUACAAGAGGAACUAUGUACAGAUGAUGGAGAGGCAAGUACUAGUGGUUUUGUGGAGGAUUACUUGAUGGAUUUCUUCAACGAAGCAAGUAAUGAUACUGCGUCAUCCAGCUCAGAGAAAAGAGCAGCGAACGAAUCGCUUCGCGAUGAGUUGUCCAAGCUUGAAAAACGAAAUAAAGUUAACAUCACAUCUCAACCUGCUCCAGCGGCUAGCGAAUCCUCUACGCGUUUCGAUAUUCUUCAAUAUUGGAAAAAACGUAAGUUCUCCAGUCCACGGCUGUAUCGCCUAGCAAUGGUAGUUUUGGCUGCACCAUCGACGCAAGUGACAGUAGAACGCCUAUUCAGUCAACUCAAAUACAUAUUGACUGAUAGACGCAUGCAGCUCUACGGCGUAUCUGUUCACGAUAUUAUGAUUCUAAAGAUGAAUCCGGAUUUGCUGAUUGAGGUUGUCGAAACACUCCUUGAGCAUCACGCUAUUUAA